AUGAAGGUCCCUUUCCCUGUCAUCAUCACAAGUGGUCUGUCUCUGGUGCUGAGCCGUGGGGGGCCAGGCCCAGGGAGGGGUGGGAGUAAAGGGGGCUGCCGCAGCUGUUGGGCCAUAAAUCAGGCUGACCCCUUGGCUCAGGGCAGGAUGCCUGCAACUUUGGCUUCUGUACCACCAGGUCUGAGCAGAAGUGACAACUACACGGAUCUGCUAGCGCCUGGAAUCCCCUCCUUGACCAAGGCCUGGGGACUAUGGGCCCUCUUAGGGGCUGUGACGCUGUUGCUUCUCAUCUCACUGGCUGUGCACUUAUUCCAAUGGACUAGUGGCUGGAGCAGGAACCAUCCGGGACAGGGACGGCCUGGAGAGUCUGCGGAAGAGGUCCCUCUGUACGGGAACCUGCAUUAUCUACAGACAGGACGACUGUCUCAAGAACCGGGGCCAGACCAACAGAAUCCAACACCUGGAGGCCCUGCCAGGGCUGCAGAGGAGGUGAUGCGCUAUACCAGGCUGCAGCUGCGGCCUCCUCAGGGCCGGAUCCCCAGCCCUGGAAGCCCCAUCAAGUACUCGGAGGUGGUGCUGGACCCUGAGCCAAAGCCCCAGGCCUCGAGCCCCGAGCCGGAGCUCUACGCCUCAGUGUGUGCCCAGACCCGCAGAGCCCGGGCUUCCUUUCCAGACCAGGCCUACGCCAACAGCCAGCCUGCACCCAGCUGAGACAGAGGGCCUGGCACAGUGGGGCAUACAACUCCCCCGCCUCCUCUGUUGCCAGGGUUACUGCUACCCUGUCUGGGGCAUGACUGUUUCCCAACCACCCCCUAAAGACAGGCAGCCAUUGCUCAGUCACAGGAGUUAUGCUCCCCGAACUUCCAAUCUGAGCUGUGAGAGAGACAUCUCAGAGGAAUGGCAGGCCCCCCGUUUCUUGAGGGUGGAGGAAGCAAAGGCAGUGGCCCCCUCUCCACCGUUUUUUUCCCUCUAUCUAUUCCUCUCAACCCCCAAACUCCCAGGUCCUCACUCCUUCCGGAGCUUAACCCGAUCCUCCCCACUCUGGCUGCCUCUUAGUCUACCCCUGACACCACAGUGUCUCCUCAGACACAAGAAGUGGGGGUGGGGGGGUAAGAGUCUGAGAGGACACAGAUGGGCAUCCUCCUCAGGAGCCCACAAGCUGGAGGGGUCCUGGAGCUCAGUGACCUGAG